AUGGGUCCACAAGGGGCUGACAAGGAGUUCCAGGAGUUCGUGACCAAACACAACAUCCAGCUGAGCAACCACCCGCUGCCUCACAACUGCGUCGAGCUGUGGGGCCAGCUGUUCGAUGAGAACGUCCAGACGGGCAAGUGGUACGUCGCCUUCCUGCUUGCUUGGGGCACGCUGGUCUUCUUUUCGGCUCAGUGGAGCAGCGACAGCCGCCGCAUGCAGUCCAUAUGGGAGGAGUUCACGCAGCAGGGGCAGCGACAGUACCCCUGGCUCAAGUUCGCCCACGUGCGGUGCGACCACGAGAAGAGCCUCUGCGACGACCGCCUCAUGCUUACCAAGUUCCCCUUCAUCAUGGGCAUGAACGAGGGCAACGCAACGGUGAUGCGCGAACCCGAGUCCAAUGCUGGUCUCCAUGAAUUCGUGAACACUGGCUGGGCACUGCGUGGACCUGGCGAGCCGCUACCCCCUCACCCGAACCCCCUCUACCUCCGCUACAAGAGAUUCAUGCAUGGCUUGGAGCAGGUCCUCCAAAUGCCCGGCUACCACUUGGCUACCGCCAUCGCGGUCUGUGCCGCUCUGUUGGUCCUGCUCACGUGCUACUCCCUUUGCGGCACAGCACGCAGCGACAAGCAAGCGCCGACAAACAAGCGCCGAUCCAAGCCUGCAGCCCUGCCCCCAAAGAAAAGGGGACAAAAGAACAACAAAGUCACGGUCAGUCCGAAAGUGGAAUAA